AUGUCAGGCCGAGGCAAGCAGGGAGGUAAAGCGAGGGCCAAGGCAAAGUCUCGCUCCUCGCGGGCUGGGCUGCAGUUCCCGGUGGGGCGCGUGCACCGGCUGCUCCGCAAAGGUAAUUACGCUGAGCGGGUCGGGGCUGGAGCUCCGGUCUAUAUGGCCGCGGUGCUGGAGUAUCUGACCGCUGAGAUUCUUGAGUUGGCCGGCAACGCUGCUCGGGACAACAAGAAAACUCGGAUCAUUCCUCGCCAUCUGCAGCUCGCCAUCCGUAACGAUGAGGAGCUUAAUAAGCUCCUGGGGAAAGUGACGAUCGCUCAGGGGGGUGUCCUGCCCAACAUCCAGGCCGUGCUGCUACCCAAGAAAACGGAAAGUCACAAGGCCAAGAGCAAGUGAAGGUAAUCGGGAAGAAGCAAAAAUCUUCAGUCCAAAAGCAAC